GUCGGCUUGGCGGGAGCAUUAAACAUGCCGCAAGUACUGUAAUUCAUAACAUGCCUUCACUCACAAAGGCCAGAGACCAGUUCCGCGUGCUGGUGGACAAUGGAUCCAGCUUCCGUGGCCGUGAUCCUGGGCGGAGAUACACCGCCAUGUCACAAAAUUCUCCGAUCAGCCAAAGAUCGAUCCUCGAUAUGAAUGGGGGUGCUUUGGGUCUAACUCGUGGAGGAGAUUCCCGUGACAUUGGAUUUGUUACUUACCCAAAUGCUAGUGCAGCAAACCUUAGCAUGAUCGAAGAGGAAAGAGCACGUCAUAGUGCCUAUAAUCCUAGGUCCCAGCGCCAGUUCAGUGAUGGUAGUAUCAAUCGACGAGAGACAGAAGAUAUCAGAGAUGGAUGGGAUACUUCAUCUCGAUAUCCACCUCCACCACCUUCUAUGAAAUCUCCCACUUCGACUCUCAACUAUCCACCAACUGGACCAGCCAAAUCAUCUGCUGGUGGCAACCCCCCUUAUCCAUGGAGCAAUCGACCCGUUCCGUCCAAGAUUACAAUGCCCCCACUUCUGGGACCACAAUCACCGACCGGAAGCUCCAAAGCAGGAUUCGCUGGGAUUGGCGCUGGUGCGAACUACCAUAGGCGCGCUGCGAGCGUUGUAGUCCCCGGUGAGAGGAAUUUUGCCAGUCCGCAUCCCUCUGCAAGAUUGUCUAUGGCGGGUUCGAUCGCCGGGAGCGAGUCAGGCCGACCUCCUAUUGCACCCAAACCACAGCCUCCUUCACGAAGGAGUAAAAUCGUCAACUCGAUCAAUCUUGAUGACCCUCCAGGAGAGGGUACGCCUUAUCAGACUCCUGGUCAUGGGGCUACAAGGUCUUGGAGUGGCGAGCAGCGCCAGAUCGGACGAACCACUGCCAUGAGACCCGAGUUCGCGGGCUCUCAACCUUUGGUCACUGUGGAAGAGAAGUCACCUUAUCUACAAGGCCCAAAUGCUCGUGGGUCCACCGGCUCACUCAACAGCGUUCACUCCAAUCGUCUCAAAUUUGAUCCGAAAGAAUAUGUGGAUCCUGCAUACUUGGUACCGACGGACCUAACUGCAGUUCUAGAGAAACAGAUAGGCCAACCACCACCUCCAUCAAACGAAGGGCCAGCUACGUCGGUGAUGACGAAGGCUG